AGAGUAUUUAAAGAGGACAGGGCGAGAUCCAAGCAUACUUCACUUCCAGAGGUAACAUCAACGACAUGAACUCCAAGGUAAUGCUCGUCUUCCUGGGUCUGGCAGCCAUGGUUGCUGCCGACAGCCGUGAAUCCUUCGAAUAUGCUCCACGAAGGGGAUCCUCCGAGGAGUCCUACGAAUCCAGCGAGGCCCAUUACAGCUUCAACUGGGCCGUCGACCACGACCCUUCCAGCAACGAAUUCGGACACCAGGAAACCCGUGACGGAGACGACACUCAGGGAUCCUACUACGUCGAGCUCCCCGACGGUCGCCUGCAGACUGUCAAGUAUUUCGUCGACGGAGACUCAGGCUACGUGGCUGAGGUCAACUAUGAAGGAAGCGCCUCAGCCGAGUCAGGCUCCGCUGAGUCCAACGAGAGGCCAAGAUAUUACUACGGCUCCGGCUCCAACGAGUCCAAAUAAACGACUUCUGAUUUACCUGAUUCCAAGAUGCGGAUUGAUUUGUAAUCUUUAUUUAUUUCUCUAUUUAUUCUUUUGGAUUAAAAUAAAAUGAACGUGCAGUAAAA